CCUUUCCCUUUUCUCUUUGGCUUCAUCCUCGUUGGCUUUAAUCUGUUUUAGACCGUCCUUUCUUGGUUGUAAAUUAGCUUACAGUUACCAGAUACCUAUUCUGUAUUUUAUCUAUACGAAUUAUCUCUUUAGGCAGUGCGGUUAAGAAAACACGUAAGGUCCUAUCUAAGGACUUGACAGUAAAGAAUCAGAUCAAUGUAAACAAACAGUGAAAGAGAUUAAGUACCAGAAGAAAGGACAAGACAAUCAAAAAUCUCAAGAGUAGAAUCAGGAGGAUUCUUUCUGGAGUGAUGGGCCGAGAAAAGAAAACAGUGCUACUGUGGAUAAUUUGGUUUUACCCAAACUCGUGGAAGUUGUAAAGCCGGCAUCUCCAUAGCAAUCCAACCCAGGUACAAAGUUAGUUCUUCUUUGGAGAAGAAAACAGAAAUGUUUAGUUACUGUGGGUCCGGCUUCAUAGGUGGGAGUUGUAUACAUUCUACAAAGCGUUUUUGAGAAAUGAUCAAAUAUUUGGUUUGAGUUUUAAAAAAUAAAAUAAAAUAAAAAGGGAUGGGUGAGUCAUAAGUCUGGUGGAAUCUACCCAACUGUAUUUCUAGUAUAAGUGCUGCCUCAGACCUUUAUUCCUGGGCUGUAGCAGCCUGUACAAGCUGGGGGAGAACAGAAUGUGUUGUGCUUGUAAGUUCUCGGGACAAGUUCGCUUUCAAGCCAGAAACCUGGAAACUCUGGUCCGAAAAAGCAGCGUUUGUACCCUAAGCUCACCAUAUGAGGCUGGGGAAAGGGAUGGUAAUUUUGAGUCAACUCCUAGUCCGAAAAGGAAGCAGUGAGCUUAGCUUAAUUGUUUUCCUUAAUGGUUAUAUUUUCUUGUUGUCUCACAAAGAAAAAAUCCUUAAAGAAAGCGUUCUGUUUCCGAAAGUGCCUAAAAGCAGCAGUAGCGAGGACAGAAGGUGUACUGAGUUUGUGGGUUGCCAGCACCCUUGUUUUACUGAGUCACACGAAGCUGAGUUGCAGUCACUUCAGUUGAACAGGUGACUCUGAUGGUGAGCAGAUAAAGAACACAGCCACUUGAAGUUUGCAGUACAUUGAGCUGCUGUGGUGGCCCUGCAGGUCCGUCCCGAGACCCUAAGAAGGGACAGUGCUGAGUUCCAGGCCCUCCUGGGCCACCUGGUACUAGUGACAGACAGUCUAGCUCGAGAAAAGGCGGGGGACUAUCAGUGUAGAUUUUCCUUCUAAGGAAACUAAGAAUAUUUAGAAUGGAGGGCAACUUUUGAAAUACAAAACUUAAUCAUGGAGGAUGAUUUAUUUAUUUAUUUUUGAUGUUUUUCCAUAUACAUAACAUGAUUUGAGAUUUUUAAGGUGAAUAUAUCUGGCUUUUAUUUUAUAAAAUGUGUUUAUCGUUAUUGGGGCUGGAGCUUCUGUGUUCAAUCCUAACAUUGUAUAAAACCAGGCCUGGUGGCACCGGCCCCUAACACCAGCACUCAGGAUCACCCUUGCUUACUUACAUAGUAAGUCUCAAGGCGGCCUGAAAUACAUGAGGCCCGGUGUGUGUGUGUGUGUGUGUGUGUGUGUGUGUAGGUACUAUCCUAAGGAAUGUGUGGUAAACAGUGUUUGACAAGUUGAAGUUAUUUAUAAUAAGCCUUUUUUAUCACAGUUUGUUACACAACCACACUAAAGAAACCAGCGUUAAGCUUUGUAGGAUGGUGAUGUUUUUUGAAUGAAGAAGAGGACUGAAGAAACAAUUAGAUUAUUAAAUAUUGAAAGCAAUAUAAAACAUGGAACACAUAUGAAACUCUUAAUGUCCUGUACUGGUUUUUCCAUAUGUGUGAGCUCAGGUCUUUCAAGAAACGAGUCCUACUAUAUAGUAACUAACAAAAGAAAUUUACUCUUAAGGUGAAUUGUACAGGACCCCCAACCCUGCUCACUUUCUUUGUGCAGUAUUCAUUAGUUUAUUUUUAUAAAAAGAUGAUUAAAUAAAACUGAUAAUUGACUGAGUCAUUUUAGCUUAAAUAUACGACCGUAAUAAUUUUCCACAGAAGGAAAUGCUCUCUGUGAUAUGCCUUUUCACUAGAAAAUUUUGCAUAUUAAUAUGGUUUUUUUUCCUAGUCUGAUUAGAUUAUGGAUAACUUUCAGCAAGUGUUUUGAGUAUUCAACUUUUAUGUCAGAGAAAGAAAUUUCUGAAAAACAUGAAAAUGGCCAGAGAUUUAGUUGGUUCUGAGAGAUGGGGAUGCCAGGUUGGUAAGGUCGGUGGAAAAAAAAAAUACAUGCAAAUGUCUUCCCAAAACGUUCUAAUUUAGAAAUUAGCCCUUCUGGGACUGGUCAUUCCUCAGCACGUAAGGAUGUGGUCUCCCACUCCUGAGUUCAAGCUAUAGACGCACAUGUAGAGGACAGAGCACAUUACACUCGGUGGUUCUACAGCACACACAAACUGGCAUGCCAGGGCUACACAGAGAAACCCUGUCCUGAAAAAAAAAGAAAAGAAAAGAAACACUACCAAAAGAAUAGUACUCCUUCAGGCCCAGAGGCCUCCAGUGUGUGCCUCAUAUCAUGUAUAGUACAGAAUUUCCUAGGUACAGUAUGCCACAGUUUAUGUUGGCUAUAGUAAGUAAGAGCUUAGCAAUAAUAACCAAUGAUAAGACAAUAUAGAAAUAAGGUAUAAAAAAAUCUUUUGUGGAGUUGUCUUUAUCUUGAAGCAUCUUACACUGUGUUGACUAUUCUGGGCCAAGACGACUUAAACUGGAAAGCAAAGUCUUAGCCACAUAGAGCCGAUGCAGUGUCCUUUGCUUAGUAUAUAAUAGUGUGUGGAUGCAUUUAAACUUCUACACUGUGGGUGCAGGAACGUGGUGCAGGCAAACCCCAGAUCAGUCCAUUUAAUUGGAAUUAAUUGCCGUAAAUCAGUCUGGCUGCCACCCUCGGAGCUUCUCUGGCUAUGGACAACCCUGGUAAGGAGAUCGAGAACCUUGGCUCAGAAGAAGUGUUGUUAAUUUCCAACAUUGCUUCCAUCUAGUUAUAAUUCCCUUCCUCACGGCCAGCCAUCUUAUUUCAGAGGCUAAGCCUGCAGCUUUUACCGAGGUCCUCGUCCCAAAUAUCUCAGCCACCACAUCCCCCCCCCCCCAACUCCAACGGACUUGUGUUGUUUUUCUAGUCAUUUUAUGCUUUUAUGCUUGAGUGACUCUCGGAGCAUAACGAUCAUAGGAAAACAACAAGCCUUUCUUAAUUAAUCCGGAGUUAUCAUUACAGUGGGAAAAGCAUAAUUAACAUUUCUUCUCUAAAUUUGAUAUCUGUAAAGAAUGGCCUCCCCUUGACUCUUCUGAAUAAUUAAUAUGAUUAACGUCAUUUGGGAGGGAAAUCCCUACUCUUCUAGACUUCUGGAUGCGCUUGGAAUUUUUGCUGUUCUGUGAUAGGUCCAAGUGAUGUAAAUUAAGCAAUGGAAGACUCUGGAGAACCAGCCUCAAGCCCACCCUUUUGCUGAGGUUGUGGUCUAUUUCCGUUUGGGUGGCUAACUUGAUCUUGAAUCUCUGCACUCUUGGCCAUCCCAACUUGACAUGUUUCUAACAGCAAAGCUUUUGAUGUGGGUAGCAAACCUUCCCUGUCUGGAAUCAGGCAUCAGUCUCAUGUUCUAACCCCAUUGGUCCCUUUGUAAUCUCAACUGGUUCGUGGGGUGGUCUGAGUAACAUGUGGUGAGAAGUCUCAGUUAGUGUCUUGCCAUUGGUCCUACCCUUCUUGCCACACCUAGAUGUUCUCCACACUGGUGCUUUUAGUGUGUGCAUGAUGAAGCUCUGCUUUCCCUUCUGUUCCCUGUCCAUUUCAGCGCUGUAGUGAGCUCUGUGGCUUUUCAAAGGCUUCUGUCCUGUCAGGGUGGACAUUAAGCAAAAGGCAUUCAGAUCCUAUGUCCCAAUCUUUCACCAGACUCAAGGAUACCCAUAUGAGUGCCACAGCCUGAGAAAGUUCCUAAUUCCUGGCAAAUUCUGUAUUUAAGGGAGGUAACAAUGUUUGUAGAAUGUGUUAUGUCAUGUGCAUGCAUCUCUUCCUUGUUCUCCUGGUCCUUCCGCUCCCUAAACUGUUCCAGUUGGCAAAACACUAGAUUGUCCCUUCAGCCAGUUCCUAUGCCACGUCUGUAGCCGGGUUGCCUUCAGUUCCCGCUCUUUCUUCUCAGAGCUUUCUUAUUUGCUUCAUGGCUUUGUUUAACUCUGAUCUCAGUGUGUUGUUGAUUGGAAAGCUUGUACAACCGGUUCAAGAGGGUUUGCCAUUGAUUAUCCUUGUAGCCUCUAAUGGUAUGGGAAGUGUGCAACAAUGCUGACUGCAAAGAUGGGAAAUGUUUUAAGUCCUCCUUAGUCUUCUACUCAUUUACAACUAACAUCCUUUUCUUUCCUCAACUGGAUCAAGGGGGAAAAUUUGACACAGGAGAUUUCUUUCUCCCCCUUUCUUCUUUCUUCUUUUGUUUUGUUUUCUGUGAUUAGAGAGGUUGGAACUAUCUAAGCAUUUGUGCACUGUAGGCAAGUGCUCUACCACUGAGCCACACCUCUAGCUGAGAGAGAGCAUUCUUCUUCUGGCAUACUUACAGUGGACAGCCUGGAAGCUAGAAAACAUGUCCUUUGUUUGAUGAGAGUCAAGAUGUUGCUUCUUGGCUUUUACCCUACUGUGUCAUCUGUGCUUCCUAAGCUUCUGGGGGUCACUUCCUAUCCCUAAUCUGUUGAGGGUCCAGGUGAGUUUUCUUCUAGGUCAGCAGUAGCGCCUGUAAUGUAUCAUAUGAGAAAUUUCAACUGAGAAGAUUUUUGUAAUGAAAAAGUAUCCUAAGAUGCACUUCAAUAGCCAUUAAAACAUUGGCAUGUGGCUCCUGAAUGGCACCGCGCACACACGUUAGAAAGACACCCCAAAACCACAUUUGUUUUGUCUCAUGAAAGUAGUCUUGAUCUCUUGUGCAUCCUGAAUAGGGACCCUUAAGGACCCUGGAGCAUCACUCACUCAUACUCAGAGACUGCUGAUAUUAGAAUUCACAUUGCCAGCCAGAAUGUUCUAUGCAUUCCUCCUAAUGUCACCUAACUUGUGUUUCGUACAUUUGUCUAAUUUCUUCUUAACUUCUACAGAGUUCAUCAUGUUACCCACUCUUCUAUUAAUGUCUAGACGUAGAAUGUCCUGGAACCUAUUGCCAGUGUCAGCUUGGCAGCCAUAAGCCAGAGAUGCUUAGUCAAGAAGUCAUUUUAUUUGUGGAUACUCAUAAGGUCAUUCCUAGCCAGGCACUGUCAGUAACCCUGGCUUUCAAGAGCAGUCCCUUUUUAUGACUGGUGACACUCCACGCCCUUCUCCUGUGGAGAUCUCACUGUUGAGAUUGUGAAAGCUUUCUCAUUAAUGCAGUCUUAGGAUGAAGUCCAUGUCUUCUUUUGGGACAAUGGUAGGCUCCCCUUCAAGUGUUUCCCUCUCCUCCUCUCCUCCCCUCCCCUCCCCUCCCCUCCCCUCCCCUCCCCUCCCCUCCCCUCCCCUCCUCUCCCCUCCCCUCCUCUCUGCGCCCUUCCUUCCUCUUGCCUCAGCCUGACCCCUGAUGCUGGCUUGCCUUUUGUGCUCUGGCAGAUACUUCCUUGGCCCUAGUGACUCCUGCUCCCUGCACCCUCCUGUUCUACCUUGGCUGACACUCUGUUAAAUUCCUUCUGAGGUCUUAGCAGGACAGUCAGUCUCUAGAGUAUUUAACGACUCUUAAGUUCCCUGAGUACUGGGUCUUCCUGAGAGUUCUGGGAAUGCAGUGUGUACCUUGCGGCUGGAUGGUAAUCCCAAAAUGGCUUCUCAUCAGACUCUUGAUUUAUUAACAGCUCAGAGUCUCUUAUUGUAUGGUGAUGUCAUGAUGCGAGCUGGAAUUUGGGACUUCAUGUGAUUACCAGUGAUAAUCUGGAAGCACAGCAAGAAAUCCACAGAACACUGGGAGUCCUUUAAUCUUUUUUUUUUUUUUUUUUUUUUUUUUUGUUCCAAGCAUAGUAGGCCCUCAGUUAAUGUUUAUCAACUAUUUAUUUUUUCCUUUACUAGUGUUGUAUAAAACUCUUUGCUCCAGCAACCAUACAGUAAUUUAAGCCAGACUGCUACUCCAGCUUCUGGCUCCUAGCCAAAAAAAAAAAAAAUAGGCCUUGAGGUGGGUGCAGUGACCUAGUCAUAUAAUCCUGGCACUUCAGAGAGAGGCUAGUGAGGUAAAAUCAUGAGUUCAAGGCUAGCUGAGACUAUGUAGGAUGUAAGACCCUUUCUCAGAUAAGUAAAACAAAAAAAGAAAAGCAGAACUAUGCCUUCACAUUGUUUAAAAAAUGUUGCACACUGCUUUCAUCAUAAACAAAGCCUUUGCCAAGGAUGAGAAUAUAUUAGGAUGAGAAUAUAUUUGAAUUAUGUACAGGUCAGAUUGCAAAUUCUUAUUUCUACUGGAAUUUUUGUUUUCCUUGAAAUUUCAGACAGAUCAUAUCAACACAGUAUUUUAUACACCUAUGCUAGAAAUGUAAUUAUAUUAUUUUCAUCUUUUGCUGUUAAUUAACAUCUAUCUUGUAGCACUCUUUAUGUUCCACAAAUUGCUUCCUAAAUGUUCAGUCCUCAUUUGUAUUAUUUUCUGAGCUGUGUUGAACUGGGCUGCCCACACCUUCAUUUGACUCUUGACUUCUUCUUUGCACCAACUGGUCUACCACAUCCUCUCCCCAAACCAUCACCAACCCCACAGUUUUUGUUUUGUUUGUUUUGUUUUUUUAAAACAUCCCUUUAAUCAUAUCUUUUCCUAUAAACCAUGCAUUCCCACCAGAUAAAGGCCUAAGCUCCUUGGUGUGGCCUUGACUCAAAAGUCCUUGGAGCUGAGAGCAUUGUUAGCUUAAUCUCCAGUCACAAUAAAUAGCUACCCCUUCCUGUGUCACCCCAGCUCUGCUCUGCCUGCAAAUCCGUUGCUCUGACCUAGAAUGUGGUCAUUUUCUUGUGGUGGGCUGUCUCCAUCUUUAGCCGCCACCUCUCUCACCAUCUGCACACGCAGAUAACCAAAACCUAGGUCAUCCCUACUUGGGUGUGUCCAGGGCACUUGCCAAAUGAAUGAAUGCUUCCAGCUUAGCACUUAGCAGCAUCAGCUCCCUGCCUCUCUCUCUGCACAGAGAACAAAGAAAAGAUGUGCGGUGCACAGUGCUGUUAUGAACUUGCUAGGUAUUACAGCCCUGAGCGCGUGUGUUUUACAACUACAUAGCUGAAUUCUCGUGAGUGGAGAUGUGGUUGAGGUUCAGUAGAGUCCUGAACUUACUUAUGCUGUUUUCUGAGAGGAAAUAAUUUCCUUGCUUCUUGCUUCUGCUAACUACUCGCUUGUUGCUAUUGUUGUUGUUGUUGUUAAUCCUGGGAUGGGGUGUGCAGGUCAGGGGACAACUUUGGCUUGGGUUCUCCCUCUCUAGCUUUAUGUGGGUUCCAGGAACCAGACUCAAGUAGAUAACAUGUGCAGCAAGCUGUUUUUACCUACUGAGCCAUCUCACAGUCCAGUCACAACAGUACCCAGUUUACUUCAUGAAACUGUGUUCUGAGCGCUAGAGCUGGUGUGUUUGUUUAUUUGUUUGUUUUGUCAUUGUUGGUUUUUGUUUUUUGUUUUUGUUUUUUUUUUUCUUCUUCCCAGACAGGGUUUCACUGUAUAGCCUUGGAUGUCCUGGACCUCCAAGCUCUAAAGACCAAGCUUCCAGGAACUCACAGAGAUCCCCAUGCCUCUGCCUCCUGAGUUCUGGGAUCAAAGGUGUGCACUACUGUGCCCCACUCUGUUAUUUUGUUUUUGUUUUUAUCAUUUUGUAUUGUUUGGUUUUAGAAUAAUUAUUUUCAAACUUGCCUACUAUAGCUCCUGCAUUGAAAUCCAAAGGCCCUGCUUUGGGAAAGGCCAAACAUUUACCUCUCUUUAGUCUGUUUUCUGCUGCUCUAACAAUAUACCCAAGGCUGAGUACCGGAAGAGGAAUGCAUGUUUCUCGGUACUGAGCAGUCUGGGAGCACUGUGCAGUCAUUUGCUUGGUGUCUGGUGAAGGCUGCAUGGUACAUCCUAAGAAUCACUGGAUAGCAGGGGAUACUGCGCAGUGAGAGCACUCAGAGACCUGCCAUUCUAAGUGCUAAUUUCUUCCUUUAUAGGGGCCACACCUUUAUGACAUCAUUCCAUCCCGUUAGUACCAUUAGUGGAUGAAAUUGAGGAUGCAGGCUCUAACACAUAAGUCUGGGGGUGUCACACUCAAACCAUAGCAAGGAAGCCUCAACUGCCUCGCUCUUCUUUCUCUUUUGGCCUAUACAUGGAUGGAGAUGCUGAGAACAGUGUGGAAAAGGGCACGUUUGCCUCUCCCAGCAAACAGCACUGAGCUAGCUUUACCAGGUUCUUCUCAGGUCCUUCUCAGGUCUGUUUCUAGUCACAUGAUACUAUUUGAUUGUCACUUUAGCAAGGUAUAUGCAAUCGUACCUGGUCUUCGAUUUAACCAGCCCAGAGCUUAUUUUUCAAACACUGAAAGUCCUAGAUUCGUGUCGAUGGAGUGAUUUGAUUUUUACAGUGCUGCAAAUCUAAGAUAUAGCUGUAGUUUUCAGGUUUAUCACCAUGACACUAAAGUAUAGUCAAGGAAAAAAAAAAUACCCAGCUUGAAUUCAUUAUAAAUAAAACGGAAGGAAUGUUUACUUUUGAGGACUAAUAGUUCCCCCCUCCCUUCUUUUUGUGAUUUCUUGCUUACAUAAUUUGUUAUGAAAGAGUGCUUCUAGGUAAGCCAUCUCUCCAGAGUGCUUGUAACGUCUUCUGUUCUGCUCUGGAAGGGUUAAGAGGAGACAGCAUCCUGUCAAAGACCUUGUUUUUAAUUUUGCUUCUCAUACUGGCGCUGAUCCUGCUAAGAGCAGCCCAGAUUAGUUCGGGAAACCUUUGAAGAGAUUUAAGAUGUCCUUCAGCCAGUUUGAAGGUUUUUGUCUUGCAAAUCCAGUACAAGGGCGCCUGCAGGCAUCUCGACCCUUGCUGAGCCGCUGAUGCAGCUCAAGGUCACUCUAACCCGCCCUGUGACAUUCAACAACAACAGAAAAAAAAUUAUGCGGUGGAACUGCUUCAGCAUUCAGCCAACCAACAACUUCCUCAGUGAGGGAACUGGGGAAGAAGUCUCUCUCCCCUCCCCCCACCUCUACUCUCUUUUUUUUUUGGGGGGGGGGGAGGCUUUGUGAAUUUUUUGCUGUAGGAAAUAAUCCCGGAUUUCUGGUGUGCGUGAUGACAAGGUCAUUUCUUAAUUAGAACACAUGUAAAGAAGAAAGCUAAAUGGCUUCAAAACAGCUUUGUAGUUGAUGGAGAGGAUUUAAAUUAUUUAAAGAGAUAGUCACCCAUGUAUGAUGGAAACCGAAUUCUAAAGGCAUUAACUCCUUCCUCCCCAUCUCCUUGCCCUUUCUUUGCAUUCUCCAUGUCUGACAUUGCGGGGUUGCACUCUAAAAUAAGGAAAAUUUGUCCAAGAGUCUGGUUUAUGUUUUGAGACAAAACAUAAUUUAUAAAUGUAAUCCUGAGAUAAACUUUUAAUGGAGUUUUCUCUCGGAGACACGGCUCCUGGAAAUUUUAUCAAAUGGCUGGAAGAACUAGGGCUGACCCUCUGGCGGCUGUGAUUCAUUUAUACUGUAUAGGAGGGAGGUGCGUAGGGCCUGAUACCUUCUCUCUCUCCCCCCUGACACACCCACUUCCGAUGGAGAUGCCUCACUGAACUCAUUAGCCCCUGUUUCUUUCAAAUCAACAGCGGAUCCAGAUCAGGUCUUUCAAGUUUCCAAGAAUUGACACGGAUUUAAAAUGGACCUUCCAAAAUUUGUUUCUGAGGGCAGUUGACAUGCUAAGGCUAAUAACACCAGACCCAUGAAUACUUCACAGCCAUGUUGGGUUUGCUCUGCUGUGGGCCAGUAGCUCAAUGAGAUAGACUCCAGGAGAGUCAAUGUCUUCUGCUUGGACUUCAUGCAUGACCCUGGGGCCCAAUAAUGAAAGAUUAAUUAAUUUUAUGAUUGUUAUAUUUAUAGGUAUUAGAUAUAAACCAUUAAAAUUGUUAUUUCUUUAUGUGAGAGAAAAUCACAUUUGGGCCGAGAAACUUGAUUUGAGUUUGAUGAUAUUGGCAGAAGAAUUUCCUCAGAAUUCAGACCCCAUUGCUUUUCUGCAAAUAGGAGCUAAUGGGAAUCUGGCCAACUAGUGUGUAAAGAUGUAUAGUAGUUUCAGUGUGAGUAUUUUAACAGGUAGUUUGGAUUCUGUAAGCUACACUUAACAUUUUUAAGUUGGAGUGGAUAACACAGUAGAUUGUAUAAGAACUACCUAGAAUUUACUAGACCUGUUCUUGGGAGGGAUUUUCUUCCUGUCAAGAAACAUUUGUUUUGAGUCCAUGAAAAGAAAAAGGACUCUUACAUCAAGACACAUAGUUUUAGGUACAGAUAUCGAAAAGGAUUUCAGGUUUGCCAAGAGACAUAGUAGAAGGGACUCUAUAUGCAGGGACAUGGCGCCAGGCAGUGAGCUUUGCCCUUGCCUGGAGUCUGGUAUGCCCUAAAUGUCAUGUAUGACCCAAGCUCACCUGCUACUCGUUCUAAUUUACUGUCCUAAUUCAUCGAUUUGUUAUCGCUAAUUGUUCUUCAUUUACUUGUGUGUAGUUUCCAGUACCUAAAGGGUUGAAAGGUUGCUGUAAUUGGCACCCGCAGCUGCUCUUUCUUUUGACAGGGGAUAAUUUUGCAGCCUAUGCUUUGUGUGACAGCUGCCUAAUUGGGCAUUCUCCUCUUGUAGCAAGCCUGCCUCCUCCAGCCUCCCUGCUGACAAAUGGUGGUGGAUUAUAGAUGAGGACAAGCUGACCCAUUCGACCUUGCUGAGACAGCGGGGAGGGGCCUCCUGCUACUUUAGGGAAGCUUUAGGUCAUUUAGAGGACAAGGUCAGGAGCCAGGUGGAGAAAUGACAUGAUAUCACAUGACAGUAGCCUGGUGACAUGGUCCGCAUGUCAAGGACAAAGGUAUCAGUAUUGAUUAAACAUUCCUGCAAUACUUCACUGCAUUCCCUAUUUCUUAAUUAUUGCUCCUGAGGUUUUUUUUUUUUUUUUUAGGAGAGUGUGGGGUGCAAAGGAAGGGCGCAGAAAGAACGCACUAAGCUGUGUUUUAACUGUGCCAGAGCAUUUGUUUACAUGAAAAUAGACGUGCUUGGGGAAGCUUCCUAAUGAAGUUUGUUCAGUUAGACGAGUGUUCUAUUCUGCUCUUAAUUAUAGUUUAGUUUGCCGCCCUUUGGCUAGCAGGGCUUCUCAAGGUAUUCACACACGAAGGCAGACAAAUUAAAAUGAGGUAAUGUGUGUUGGUAUAAAAAGUGUUUCCCUUCUGUCAUCCCGCUCUCCAAUGACUGGCAUGGCUUUUGUGUGUUGAAUAAAAGAAAAAUAAGUCAAUGGCAACUAUAAAUGGCUAAUUAAAGAGAACCUGAAAACUCUAGGUUUAAGAGAUCAAAUACCCGCCUGUGCCUCCAGACUCUAAAGUGUUACAGAUACUCUUUAAAGCACUUCUGAGACCUGAGCAUAUUUUCAAAUGGCAUGGAAUUAUACUUAGUGUAAUAGCUUCGAGAUAAAUGGAAAUUCUUUCAUUGUUAUUAGCAAGGCACACGCUCUUUUUUGAUAGUAGGUUUGAGCUAUUCCAUUUUAAGUGUAAAAUCAGAAGAAUCCAUGCUGAGUCUAUUAACCCUAUCAUAUCACUUGAAAGUUCUAUCUGUGAGUUAUAUACUGGAUAGAUAGCCCAAUUUGUAAGAAUGUCUCCUUUUUGAAAACAGUGAGCAUUUGUAACACACAACAGAUCAUGGUUCUCAGGAGUGGAAAAAACAAUUGUUUUGCAUGCUGUCAGGUAGAAGCCCUCAGUGGAACAGUGGGACAUUUUAUCCCUCUGAGGAUAAAAAUUGAAGAAUGAUAAAAUAUGGGGUGUUGUAUAUGUGUGUGUUUGUGUGUGCACUCAUGUGUAAAAUGAUGGUUUGCCUACGCCGGGCAUGUGUUGAGCUGUUCUCAAAGCCUGACUCGGUCUUGGUGGAGGUUUAAUCCUGUGCCCUUGUGCGUGUACACUUGAUUAGUAGUUGUGGUUAUCUCAGCAGAAGACAUACCGCCCUCCUCCUUGUAUUGGUCGGGACCCGGGCACUGGGGAGUCAAGGCAAAGGAGAAAGAAGAGAGGUUUUGCAUUAGUAUGCUAUGAAAGCCUUACUGGCUGCAGAACAAAUUGAUUGCUCCGUCGGUCGGUAUACCUGUGCUUGGCACCACUGCUGUGAAAGAAAGAUACUGACGUGCGUUUGGUGAGCAACGAAAGAUGAUGAAGAAAGAAAACCAGCAUAUUCCCUGAGACCUGGGUGCCAGCGCUGCCGCUGUGCUAAGGAAGUUGCGAGGCUGGCCCUUGCCUAGCCACUCAUCAGUGCUGUAGUCUGCACCCGAGUUUGCCCCAGCCUCUGAGCCCCUCGUCACUGCCUGAAGAUCCCCUGGUCAGAAUGUUAACAGUGCAUCUCUGCCCGACUGCUAUGGGAGGUGAUCAGGUGACGCUCACUUCCUGACGUCACGUGGGAUCUUACUGACGAGAGGAGCUCUUUCACGUGAACGGAAGCCGAGCCCCUGUGAGCGCUUGUAUUGAACAUGACUCAUGGAGAAGAGCUUGGCUCUGAUGUGCAUCAGGAUUCUAUUGUCUUAACUUACCUCGAAGGGUUACUAAUGCAUCAGGCAGCAGGGGGAUCAGGCACUGCCAUUAACAAAAAGUCUGCUGGCCACAAAGAGGAAGACCAGAACUUUAACCUCUCGGGCAGUGCGUUUCCCUCCUGUCAAAGCAAUGGUCCCACUGUCAGUACCCAGACGUACCAGGGAUCUGGCAUGCUGCACCUCAAAAAAGCCAGACUGCUGCAGUCUUCCGAGGACUGGAACGCGGCAAAGCGGAAGAGGCUGUCUGAUUCCAUCGUGAAUUUAAACGUAAAGAAGGAAGCGUUGCUGGCUGGCAUGGUUGACAGUGUGCCUAAAGGCAAACAGGAUAGCACAUUGCUGGCCUCUUUGCUUCAGUCAUUCAGCUCUAGGCUGCAGACUGUUGCUCUGUCACAGCAGAUUAGACAGAGCCUCAAGGAGCAGGGAUAUGCCCUCAGUCACGAGUCUUUAAAAGUGGAGAAGGAUUUAAGGUGCUAUGGCGUGGCCUCAAGUCACUUAAAAACUCUGUUGAAGAAAAGUAAAACCAAGGAUCAAAAGUCAGGUCCCACCCUCCCUGACGUGACUCCAAACCUUAUCAGAGAUAGCUUUGUUGAGUCAUCCCAUCCCGCAGUGGGACAAAGUGGGACAAAGGUCAUGAGUGAGCCCUUGUCAUGUGCUGCAAGAUUACAGGCUGUUGCCAGCAUGGUGGAGAAAAGGGCGAGUCCCGCUGCCUCCCCAAAGCCUAGUGUUGCCUGCAGCCAGUUGGCGCUGCUCCUGUCCAGCGAGGCCCACCUGCAGCAGUACUCUCGGGAACAUGCUCUAAAAACGCAGAACGCACAUCAGGUGGCAAGCGAAAGACUUGCAGCCAUGGCCAGAUUGCAAGAGAAUGGGCAGAAGGACGUGGGCAGUUCGCAGCUCUCCAAAGGGGUGUCUGGCCAUCUCAACGGGCAGGCCAGAGCACUGCCGGCAAGCAAACUGGUGGCCAACAAGAAUAACGCUGCCACCUUUCAGAGUCCAAUGGGUGUUGUCCCUUCCUCCCCCAAAAACACGAGCUAUAAGAACUCACUGGAAAGAAACAACCUAAAGCAGGCUGCUAAUAACAGUCUGCUUUUGCAUCUCCUCAAAAGCCAGACCAUACCCACGCCGAUGAACGGGCACAGCCAGAACGAGAGAGCGAGCAGUUUUGAGAGUAGCACGCCCACCACGAUUGAUGAGUACUCCGAUAACAACCCGAGCUUUACAGAUGACAGCAGUGGAGACGAAAGCUCGUACUCCAAUUGCGUUCCCAUAGACCUGUCUUGCAAACACCGGAUCGAAAAGCCGGAAGCUGAGCGGCCCGUUUCGCUGGAGAACCUAACCCAGUCCUUGUUAAACACGUGGGAUCCCAAGAUCCCCGGCGUUGACAUCAAAGAAGAUCAAGAUACCUCAACAAAUUCCAAGCUGAAUUCACACCAGAAAGUCACUCUUCUUCAGUUGCUGCUCGGCCAUAAAAGUGAAGAAACUGUUGAAAGGAACGCCAGCCCUCAGGACAUCCAUAGUGAUGGGACUAAGUUCAGUCCUCAGAAUUACACAAGGACUUCUGUCAUCGAAAGCCCCAGUACCAACAGGACUACCCCAGUGAGCACUCCACCACUGUAUACAGCCAGCCAAGCAGAGUCUCCCAUCAAUCUUUCCCAGCACUCUCUGGUCAUCAAGUGGAAUUCCCCGCCGUAUGCCUGCAGUACUCCCGCUUCCAAGCUCACGAACACCGCGCCUAGCCACCUGAUGGACCUCACGAAAGGCAAAGAGUCCCAAGCCGAGAAACCAGCCCCGAGUGAAGGUGCACAAAAUUCCGCCACGUUCAGUGCCAGUAAACUGUUACAAAAUUUGGCUCAGUGCGGAUUGCAGUCUUCCGGGCCAGGGGAAGAGCAGAGACCCUGCAAACAGCUGUUAAGUGGAAACCCAGACAAACCUCUCGGUCUGAUUGAUAGAUUAAACAGCCCUCUGCUCUCAAAUAAAACCAAUGCGGCUGAAGAGAGCAAAGCCUUCAGCAGUCAGCCUGCCGGGCCUGAGCCGGGACUUCCUGGUUGUGAGAUAGAAAAUCUCUUGGAAAGACGGACUGUCCUUCAGUUGCUCCUGGGAAAUUCCAGCAAAGGGAAGAAUGAGAAGAAAGAGAAAACCCCCGCACGAGACGAGGCUCCUCAGGAGCAUUCGGAGAGGGCUGCAAAUGAACAGAUACUCAUGGUGAAGAUUAAAUCCGAGCCUUGUGACGACUUCCAGACCCACAACACAAACCUGCCCUUAAACCACGAUGCCAAGAGCGCCCCCUUCUUAGGUGUGACUCCCGCCAUCCACAGGAGCACAGCGGCCUUACCAGUGUCGGAGGACUUUAAAUCCGAGCCUGCUUCACCUCAGGAUUUCUCUUUCUCAAAGAACGGGCUGUUGAGUCGCUUGCUGAGACAGAAUCAAGAGAGUUACCCGGCAGAUGAGCAGGACAAGAGUCACAGAAACAGUGAGCUGCCAACCCUGGAGUCGAAGAACAUCUGCAUGGUCCCGAAGAAAAGGAAGCUGUAUACGGAACCACUGGAGAAUCCAUUUAAAAAGAUGAAAAAUACUGCCGUAGAUACUGCCAAUCAUCACAGCGGCCCGGAAGUACUCUACGGGUCGUUGCUUCAUCAGGAAGAGCUGAAGUUUAGCAGGAAUGAGCUCGAUUAUAAAUACCCUGCUGGGCAUAGUUCAGCCAGCGAUGGUGACCACAGGAGUUGGGCCAGAGAGAGCAAAAGCUUCAAUGUUCUCAAGCAGCUGCUGCUCUCCGAGAACUGUGUGCGAGAUCUGUCCCCACACAGGAGUGACUCUGUCCCCGACACGAAAAAGAAAGGACACAAAAACAACGCGCCCGGCAGCAAACCUGAAUUCGGCAUUUCUUCUUUAAAUGGACUGAUGUAUAGUUCCCCGCAGCCUGGCAGUUGUGUGACGGAUCAUAGGACAUUUUCAUACCCGGGAAUGGUAAAGACCCCUCUGAGCCCUCCUUUCCCAGAGCACUUGGGCUGUGUGGGGUCCAGACCAGAACCUGGGCUUUUGAAUGGAUGUUCCGUGCCCGGUGAGAAGGGACCCAUUAAGUGGGUCAUCGCAGAUAUGGAUAAGAAUGAAUACGAAAAAGACUCUCCAAGACUGACCAAAACUAAUCCGAUCCUCUAUUACAUGCUCCAGAAGGGAGGGGGCAAUUCUGUUACCACACAAGAAACCCAGGACAAAGACAUCUGGAGGGAGCCUGCGUCAGCCGAGAGUCUCUCACAGGUUACAGUCAAAGAAGAGCUACUUCCCGCUGCAGAAACUAAAGCUUCUUUCUUUAAUCUAAGAAGCCCGUACAAUAGCCAUAUGGGAAAUAAUGCUUCUCGCCCACACAGUACAAAUGGAGAAGUGUAUGGACUUCUGGGAAACGCGCUCACCAUAAAAAAAGAGUCAGAAUAAAUGUGUACCUGCCAUACCACUUUGGGUCUUUUUAAAAUUUAGUCAGUAUGAACUUGAGAUCUGUAUAAAUAAGAGCAUGAUUUGAGAAAAGCAUGGUAUAACUGAAACUCCUUCCUUUUGAAAGUAUUGGUCACUGGUGAUGUUUAAAUAUGCAUACUAAUUUUUGCUUAACAUUAGAUGUCAUGAGGAAACAAUUGAACUCGAGGUUGGUUGUUUACUAUUUCUGUAUGCAUCAGAUAACAACUGUGACUAGCCUACGAAUGAACCUGUUUUUAUAAUCGUAAAUAAGAGGCAUACAUUAAAAUGCACAACUUCACCAGUAGUGGAUUGAUGCAACUUGCUGUCUUUAUUAGGGUUGUUCAUUUCCCAUCUCAGAAGCCAGCCUACAUAACGUGUUUGUAACAUCCAAACUGUUAGCUAUUUGGAAGAUAACCAAAUUAGGAAAAAAAAAAAAACCCAGAAGCCUUGUGCUGAUUCACACCUCAUCAGUCUAAAAGUAAGAAAAAGCAAUGCUUACAUUUUUUCACUUUUGCUAAACAAAAUUCUUUUUAACUCUUGGAAGGGGUUUUGCGGUUCCCAAUGAGUCUGCCCCACCCCAGACCUUUUCAAUAUAUAUAUUUCUUUAAACCUUUUACUAUUUAGUAACAAUUGAUUACAAUAGAGGGGAGUUUAAUAGAUCCUUAAAAAUAAAAGGCAGAUUUCCAUUUUUUUAUAUUUUGACUACUUUACUAAAUUAAUACUCCUCCUUUUUCAAAAUUAGAGAAGGAAAUCUUCACUCACCUUCAGGCUGUUUCCUGGACAAUUGACUACUUAGAAAUCGUUUUUAACAAAAGCAGAAAUGGGUUUUCUUUGGAUGGUUUUUACCGUCUCUUUUGAAAGUUGAUCCUCACCACUCCUGUGGGACCCGUGACUUUACAACCAGGAUUUCUUAAUUCUGGACAGAGACACUGCAUUCAUCUGACUAUCACAUGAGUCUCUGGAACAGUUAUUUAAAUGCAGACUCCUAGGCAGCAUCUCAGGUCUACAGAACACCGUCUCCAAGUGGACCCGGGCGUCCUCCUUCCGCCUGUAUCCUGACAUGUUCUGUAUGUGCUUCUUCCGCACACUGAUGUUUGAAAACUGUGGCUUAGGACUUUUCCAGAACAUGAGACUUUAAAGUAACUAUCUGAUGCCUAUACUUUUCCCCCAAUACAGUCACAUAUCCACUCAAAAUUUGCAAUAUCAUAGUUCCAAUCUUACUAUUAUAUCUUUGGAAAUCGGGUUCGGAAUACUUUUUAUGACAAAAAAAAAAAAUUGGGUAGAGGGGACAACUUUCCUAUCUGGGUCAACAUCUCAGGAAAAUCUGUGAUUAUUUAUUUGCUCUAAUUAGUAAGAUUAACUUAAUUAGCCUUAGGGGUGGAAUAACAGGGCCACUUAGCAAACUCAGGUGAUCCCAGGACGGUUGGGAAACUUCUUGAAUACAUCCUUACCUGCUAGUCAAACUGUCCUCUGCACAGCAGUGUUUAUGGAGUUAACAGAUUCAACCCAAGAAAGACAUCAAACUCAGAUUACCUGAAACCAAAUCAAAGGGCACUUAUCAAUCCAUGACAGGACCUGCACAGUCACUUCACGGAUCAAUUCAUUUUAAACAGGCAUUAAAAGUAAAUACUGACAUUGUCUUGAAAGAACUUAAUAUAUAAUUGAGCCACGUGGAAUUUCAGUCUUGAAACAGGUUGGUUUUUAAGUUCAUUUGUUUAUAGCCCACAGUUCCUCCUCCAGGCAAUAUUUUUUGUUUUUCAGUUUUGAGCCAGGUUAACAACUGACUUAUCAAAAACUUACUGUGUACUCAGCAGUUAAGUAGGAAGAAGUUUAUUUGGAAUUGUUAUACAUACUUGAAGUUGUUUCUAAGAUUUUUUUUAUAUAUAUUACAAAUGGACAUUAUUUCUUAAUUACCUAAAAUUCUAAAUGGUUAUUUUUUCUCAAGAUGAUUUGUAAAUAGUUAAUGGGUAUGUUAUAUGGUAACCAGAGUGUAUGUUAUGCAACAUCAGAGAAAGGAGAACGUGUAUGCUUAUUCUGCUAUGAAAAAUUCCACUGGCCAGUGAGGUACUUUACUCCAUGUUUAUACUGUGACAAUCUCAUUGUCUACACUAUAUAAAUAAGCUUUACACUUAGUCAUUUUUCUUGGUCAUGGUGAAAGGGCUGGAGCCUUAGAAAUAUAUUGUAGGAUGCUGGAGUUCGUCCUCUGUUCACGGCGCAGUAGUCUUCUUACAAUGGAACAGCACUUAGGUCAGGGAAACGUCCAGAGCCAGCAUCGCUUCGCUUUGUUUUGUUUUGUUUUUGUUGGAAUGAGAAUAUGUAAGACAAAAAUAAACAUGCCUAUGAAGGAUGCUGUUCUGACUUUCUAGAGAAUAACCCCCCCCCCAUGUUUUGUUUAGAGAAAUCUUAAAGAAGAGAAAGGGCAUAAUACAUCCACAAAUUCACUUUGCAUAUGUAGAUUCAAAUAUGCACAUACACAUUUUCGAGGACUAUUUUCGAUAUCUGGGCAGUUUCUUCCUAAUAAAGUCAUUUGUGAAUGGGUACUACAGCUCUCAUUGACAUCAGUAAGGUAGCAUUACCUGUUUAUUCUCUGCUACAUCUUACAGAAGAAUAAACUGGUGAGAGUAUAUAUUUUCUAUAUAUAUACAUAUAUAUAUAUAUAAAUGUGUAUAUAUAUAUAUUGACUUGUUACAUGAAGAUGUUAAAAUUGGUUUUUAAAGGUAAUGUAAAUAAUGAUUUCCUUAAUGAAAAAAUACAUAUUUUGUAUUGUUCUAAUGCAACAGAAAAACCUUUUAAUUUCUUUGGUUCCUGUAUAUUCCAUGUAUUAAGUGUAAAUAUAAUCAGACAGGUUUAAAAAAAUGUGCAUGUAUGUAUACAGUUGCAAGUCUGGACAAAUGUAUAAAAUAAACCUUUUAUUUAAGUCUGCGUACCUGCUGCAUGACGACAAGUGCAUGGGGGACCCUGUGCAUCUGUGCAUUCGACAGAAACCGUCUUAAGUCAGGGCAGAUGGUCAUCCAACACGACAGUAUUCCAUUUCCGGACAUGACCUCUGUGGCUUAUGCUUUGUGAGAAAAUGUGCUUCGAAUUCAAGGGUCUUAAUUUUUUUUUCUUUUUAAUCAACCACUUUCAACAUUAAAGAACUCACAGAGCAACUUCACAACUCUUCAAAUCCCAUUGGAAACAUAACCAGGAAUAGUCCAGUGUUCCUAAAUGCUGGAAUAUAGGCACAUUACCGUUCAUGGUAAGAAUCUUGGGUUUACAGCCAGUUUUGAUGCAGCCUGCUUAGUGAUAUUAAUUUGCCAUUUUUAUUAUUAAAUUUGAUUUCUUUAUGUGAUGUAAUGAAUUGUACAUACCGCAGUGUGAAUUUUUUUUUAAAUCUUUUAGUGUUUACUUCCUGCAGUGAAUUUGAAUAAAUGAGAAAUGCAUUGUCUCUAACUUGAAAUGGCUUCUUUUUUGUGGGCUUUCUCUGGUUUUUAGGUUUUCCAUUAAUGUUAAAGUCCAAGGUCAUAGAGAGAAAAAGGAAAAAAGCAAUAGACAUGUAUUUUGUCUGUCUCAGAAAAAUGAAGGGGGAAAAAAAUAAGCAACUGAUUAGCAAGUUAGUAUAUUUAGAAACCUGUAAUUAAAGUAUAGCUCAAAAUGACAGCUGGCCUGUGGUCUGUCUUCCAUUUCUCAGUAUGUAACUGAAUGACCACUACAUGGUUUUGUUUUUUUUUUUUAAACUGAAGUUUGUACAGUGUUCCAAAAUAAAGUUAAUUAGAUACAUA